ACUCUGCUGGACUCCCACCUCAAAACACCCAUGUAUUUCUUCCUUCAGAAUUUUUCAUUCUUAGAAAUCUUGUUGACAUCUGUGUGCAUCCCUAGAUAUUUAUUCAGCAUAAUGACAAUGGAUAAAGCAAUAUCUUAUGAUGCUUGUGUGACACAAUUGUUUUUUGUCAUCUUCUUGGGUGCAUCAGAGUUUUUCCUGUUGGCUGUCCUGUCCUAUGAUCGCUAUGUGGCCAUCUGCAAACCACUUCAUUAUGCAAUCAUUAUGAGCAACAGCUUUUGCACCCAACUGGUUCUUACCUCCUGGUUGAGUGGCUUGUUAGUAAUCUCUCCUGGACUUAUCAUGGGUCUAGAGUUGGAAUUCUGUGAUUCCAAUGUUAUUGACCACUUUGUCUGUGAUUAUUCUCCUGUCCUGAAACUUUCCUGCACAGACACACGAGUCAUAGAACUGUUAAGUUUUUUUUUAGCCAUUGUCACACUCCUGAUCACAUUGGCUUUGGUGGUGCUCUCCUAUGCAUAUAUCAUAAGAACAAUUCUCAAGAUCCCUUCUGCCCAGCAAAGAAAGAAGGCUUUUUCUACCUGUUCCUCCCACAUGAUUGUUGUCUCUAUCUCUUAUGGCAGCUGUAUUUUUAUGUAUAUAAAACCUUCUGCAGAAGAAAGGGUAGCUUUAAACAAGGGAAUAGCAGUACUCACUAUUUCAAUUGCACCUGUCUUAAAUCCUUUUAUAUAUACUUUAAGAAACAAACAAGUGAAACAAGCACUGAAGGCUAUAAUUAAAAAAUGUGUCUUUAUUACCUUAAGAUAA